UAUCGCAACUAAAUCCGGUUAAGGUUUCAGGACAGGUUUAGGACUAUGACUUCAGGGAUCUAUACGGGCGGCAUCAGGAAAUGCAACAGGUGGAAAACUAUUCGUUCUCGCAAUGAUCUGUUGUUGUUCUCCGGAAGGAAGGUGCACUUGAAGAGAACGCUGCCUGAAUUGGACGCUCGAGUAAGGGGGAAAAUAAGAACUAGUCGCACGUCCAGCCACAGAAAACCCACAGCCAGGCACCAUGGAUGACAGCUUGAGUAACUCCAAUGUGAAGGUCGCAGUUCGCGUCCGACCAAUGAACAGAAGAGAAAAAGACCUGAAGACCAACUGUGUGGUGGGGAUGGAGGGGAACCAGACAGUGUUGAACCCUGCUAGUCAGAACCUCAGCAAGGGAGACUCCCGGAAUCAGCCUAAGGUCUUUGCUUAUGACCACUGCUUCUGGUCCAUGGACGAGUCUGACACAGACAAGUUUGCAGGUCAAGAUGUCGUGUUCCAGUGCCUUGGAGAGAGUCUUCUGGACAAUGCCUUCUUGGGCUAUAACGCCUGUAUCUUCGCCUAUGGACAGACAGGCUCUGGGAAGUCGUACACCAUGAUGGGUUCGUCAGAGCAGCCAGGUCUGAUCCCGCGGCUGUGCAGCUCUCUGUUUGACCGGACUCUACAGGAUCAGAGGGAGGGAGAGAGCUUCACUGUAGAGGUCUCCUUUAUGGAGAUCUACAACGAGAAGGUUCGCGACCUACUGGACCCUAAAGGAAGUCGUCAGGCCCUGCGAGUGAGAGAACACAAGGUGUUGGGGCCGUACGUCGAUGGUCUGUCUCGUCUGGCUGUAGCCUGCUAUAAGGUACUUUUCUUAUUGAAUCAAAAGAUCAACCUGCCCAGACACCUGGCCCAUGCGGGGGGUGAGGAUGAGGCGGCUGGUGUGAUGAAGAAUUGCCUCAGUACUGACCAGUUGGAAGUGGACUUUGAUACGGUCAGCAAUGUGUCCAGUGAUGUCAGCUUUGGCUACGAGUUCGCCCAGACAGAGGUCAUGAUGAAGGGCAUGGGCAGCGACGACCCCAUGCAGUCUGUCCUCCAGACGUUGGAGCGACAGCACGAGGAGGAGAAGAGGACGGCUCUGGAGCGACAGAGACAGAUGUAUGAGCAGGAGCUGCAGCAGCUGAGGAAGAGGCUCCCUCCUGCAGAGAAACACACUCUGCUGCUGCAGAGCCCUGGGCCUGACCUGGAGCCAGCCGGUCCCUCAGCAGCAGCGAUCGCAUCAUCACCCUGCGCCCAGACACGCAUGCGGAGAUGGAGCGAGGACAGAGAGGCCAUGAUGACUCGUAGCCUGCGUAGACUGAGGGAGCAGAUCGUCAGAGCUAACCUGCUGGUGCAGGAGGCAGGCUUCAUAGCUGAGGAACUCAACAAGAGGACGGAGUAUCUGGUCACACUGCAAAUACCUGCUGCUAACCUCGACGCCAACAGGAAGCGUGAUGCGGUGCUAAGUGAGCCUGCGGUGCAGGUGAGACGUAAGGGGAAAGGGAAACAGAUCUGGGCUCUGGAGAAGAUGGAGAAUAGACUGGUGGACAUGAGAGAACUGUACCAGGAAUGGAAAGACUACGAUGAAGACAACCCUGUGAUGCGUUCUUACUUCAAGCGUGCCGACCCGUUCUUUGACGAGCAGGAGAACCACAGUCUGAUAGGAGUGGCCAACGUGUUUCUGGCCUGUCUCUUCUACGAUGUCAAGCUGCAGUACGCUGUACCCAUUAUCAACCAGAAGGGAGAGGUUGCAGGGCGUCUACAUGUGGAGGUGUGGCGAGGGAGCGAGGGGCUGGAGAAAGGAGAGACCAGUCCAGAUGGCGAGACACAGGAACGCAAAAUGGAGUGUGUGGUCAGGAUCCUGCAGGCUACAGGUCUUCCUCGCCACCUGUGUAACUUUGUGUUCUGCCAGUACCAUUUCUGGGGGCAGGAUGAGCCUGUGUUCAUUGCCCCGGAGGUGGUGCCCACACCCCCGUCAGCCACCAGCAGAGAUCCCCUCUGCACCGUACUUUUCGACAGUAGCAAGGAGCUGGAGGUGUGUGUGUCCGAGGAGUUUGUGGAGUUUGUGGCGGAGGGGGCAGUGGCCAUCGAGGUGUUUGGACAUAAACAGGUGAACCACCGCAGGAACCUGGCUCUCUGGGAUCUGGGAGUCAUUCAGGCCAAGACACGAACCCUCAGAGAAAGGUGGAGUGAGGUGACUCGUAGGCUGGAUCUCUGGGUUCAGGUGUUGGAGCUGAAUGACGCAGGAGAGUUCACCCCUGUAGAGGUCCUACCACCCAAGGACGUACGCACCGGGGGCAUCUUCCAACUCAGACAGGGCCAGUCUCGUCGUUUGCAGGUGGAGGUACGGUCCGUACCUGACUCAGGAACCAUGCCCCUCAUCGCCACAAACAUCCUCUCUGUAUCCAUUGGCAACGUGGAGGUACGCGAGAUCUGCCGCUGGGAUGAGGACGUGGACAGCUAUCAGGAAGGUGAUCUGGAGAGGUUGAGGGACCAGUGGCUGACCACUCUCACUAAGAGGCAACAGUACCUGGACCAGCACCUGCAGAAGAUGGUCCAAAAGCCCGAUAAGUCAGAGGAUGACGUGGAGAGGGAGGCCCAGCUGUUAGAGUGGCGUUUGACCCUGACAGAGGAACGUAACGCUGUCCUGUUACCUUCGGCUGGUAGCGGGAUCCCUGGAGCCCCCGCUGAGAGAGAUCCUGUUCCUGGGAUGGAGGCACACAUUCCUGUUCUCUUCCUGGACCUCAGUGCUGAUGAUUUCCAGGAUAACUUAUCUGCUCCACUGGCUGGGGGUCUAGAUGCCAUGCUUAACCAGGAGGAUGAGGAUGCGUUUUUUGACUUGCACAUUGUCAAGCACUACGAUGGAGGAGAGGUUGGUGCAGAGGCGUCGUGGGACUCUACGGUACAUAACUGUCCCCAGCUGAGUCGCAGUGUGUCAGCUGACCUCAGGGUGUACCUGAUCGUCAGGGUCGUAGUUCAGCUCUCUCACCCUGCUAACAUGCACCUGGUCCUCCGAAAACGGAUCUGUGUCAACCUAGCUGGACGACAGGGUUGGGGUCAGAGUCUGUUGAAGAGGAUGUCUCAUCGCAGCACCAUCCCUGGUUGUGGAGUCACCUUCGAGAUCGUCUCCAACAUCCCUGGGCAUGUCCAGGGUCCAGAGGACAGAGAGAUGCUGGCCAGACUAGCAGCCAGUGUUGAUGUUCAGGAUGUCCAGUCAGGGGACAGUGAGGCUGCCAUAGAGAAGUACCUCCGCAGUGUCCUGGCUGUAGAGAAUAUACUCACCCUGGACCGACUACGACAGGAAGUAGCAGUAAAGGAGAAGUUGUCUGUCAAGGCCAAGUCUCCCAGUCGUGCUCUCAGCUCUCCUAACGUGAACCGGCUGUCAGGAUCCUGGAGCAGACAGGAUCUGUCCUCCAAUCACAGGCUAGAUGACAACAAGGGCUGGUCAGAGAGUAACCAGGACCUGUCAGUGUUCUCUCCACCAUCCAACUCCAGACGCACCCUGCCUAGCUCCGCUCCGCCUCUGGCCCAGAACAUCCACCCUGAGACGAGUCUCUCACGGUAUGCUCCUGCUACCUCUUAUUUCUCCCCAGUCAAGGCUCUGGUUCCUCCUGUCCCUAAACUGCUAAAGUCCCUGUUUCCAACCAGGGAGGAGAAGAGAGACCUGACCCAUGUCCCACAGCAGCCUCUCCCACAGAGCCUACCUCGCAUUGUAGUGCAGUCCGCAAGUGUUGAAGAGGACUUGGAUACAAAACUUAGUCGUCACUUGGUUCCCAUUGGGGAAAUCGUCCCCGCAAAGUGCCAAUCAGAGGCUGGGAAAACCAUGCCCCUCCCACCGGCUAUCAUCCCUCCACUCAUCCCGGAGAUAGAAGACCCCUUCCCCAGUCCGGUCAGCGAGGCAUCCAGUGGCUACAUGUCCACCAGCGUCUCCACGGCAACCCUGUCAGAGGCUUACCUGAUUUGUGGGGACCUCGGUCUGUCAGCCAAUCUCAAUCCAGAUGGCUUUGAGGUGACGCACAGGUCGUUCGAGUCCGACAUCGGUCGGUGUCUUCAUCAGGAGUCUAACAUGGCCGACCAGGAGGAAGAGAGGGCCACUGCUACUGACCUGGAGGCUUCAGAGAAACAGAGGACUGAUACUAGUUCUCCCCAGGCAGACAGGACUGAUAUUGAUACACUACGAGCAGACUCUUCUCUCCCAUUGGAACCACAUGGAACCUCCGCAGAACCUCUUCGCAUAUCAAAACCCUAUAAAUCCUCAGGAGAACCUGAAGAUAUGACUCCACCAGAGUCACUGACACACAAGUUUACACAAGAAUACUACAGACUACUACCGUGUGAAGAAUCAAUCCAACCAGAGUCACUGACACCGUCUACACAAGAACAGUCUUUAGUAUCUAAUGAGUCUGAACCACCAGUCCAGCCAGUCAAGUCCAUACAAGAACAACUGAGACAGUCUUCACCAGACAAGUCAACAGAAAAACUGUCUGUAGAAUUAGACCAGUCAGAACCACCAGUCCACAUAAAAGACCCAGUCCAGUUAGAAGAACCACCAGUGGAGCCAAAGCCACCUCGGGAACAGCGUGAGGCAACAGCUGAGUCAGCACCUCUAGACCAGCUAGCACCUCUAGACCAGCUAGCACCUCUAGACCAGCUAGCACCUCUAGACCAGCUAGCACCUCUAGACCAGCUAGCACCUCUAGACCAGCUAGCACCGGCAGACCAGCCUGAACCUGCACUUACCCCUGUAAAGCCUCUGGUUGUCGAGCUUGCACCUAGCCAGCCAGCCGAAGCUCCAACCCUAGCCCUAGCCCCAACCCUGGCUUCAGCCCUAGCUCCAACCCUAGCCCCAACCCUAUCCCCAACCCUAGCCCCAACCCUAGCCCCAACCCUAGCCCCAACCCUAGCCCCAACCCUAGCUCCAACCCUAGCCCUAACCCUAGCCCCAACCCUGGCUUCAGCUCGAAUCACGGCCGUAACUCCUGCUCCUGUCCCACCCAAAGCCCCUCUCCUAACCACUGUCCCAACCCUUCUUCCAGCACUAGUUGUCAAACCUCCCAGUAGCUCGGCAGCAAACCCAUUCAAGAUUCAGAAAGUAAAGACAUCUGAUCUGAAGUCCUUCCAUCCUAUCGUAAAUGAGAAUGAGAGCCAGGCCAGGAACAGUGGUCUUGGUGCUGAUCUCUCUCUUCCUCUGGAUAUCCUCUCUGACUCAGACGAAGGAGUCACUGACACAGCCACAGAGGUGCCUGACUGGCUGAAGGAGGGGGAGUUUGUGACUGUAGGAACGAAUAAAAGUGGCACUGUGCGCUACGUGGGACCUACGGAUUUCGCAGACGGAACCUGGGUUGGAGUGGAGCUGGACUUACCUGCGGGGAAGAACGACGGGUCUGUGGGUGGAAAGCACUACUUCCACUGUAACCCUGGUUACGGGGUGUUGGUGCGUCCUGAUAGGGUGAGCCGUGGAGGAGUCGGGGGCGGGGCUAAGGAGAAGCGGCGACAGCAGCAGAAGCGUCGCAGUGCUAACCUAUCAGGGUCCAGCCCUAACCUGGCUGCCCUCACUGCCCUGGCCAAGGGAGAGGGGACUGGGGCCAGUCGCAAAGGAGACAACCGUAAAUCCUGGAACAGCUGAGAGGAGAGUGUAGCAAGGUUGGGGUCAAUUUCAUUUCAAUUCAGUCAAUUCAAGAAGGAAACUGGAGUUACAAUUUAAAUUUCCCCUGAACACAUCUCUAGAGAUGCAUUGAGGAAAAUUGAAAUUCGAAUUUCAGUUUACUUUCCGAUUUUUGAUGGAAUUGAAACGAGAUUGACCCCAACCUGGUGGGUACUAGACACGACGCAACGCCACAACCAACUUGUAGAGGUGCAAUUGGGGGGAGGGGAUGCAGAUUCUAGAUCUGUACCUAGGGGUAACUUCAUCCCGGAGCCAGUUUUGUGAAGAUGCCCCUAGUCACUGAUCUUGGUUCAGUUUAGCAUUUUCCUCACUAAUGGUUAAGGUUAGUAUUGGGGGGAGGGGAUUACGAACAAAAGAUUGAACAACUUUUGGCCAAGGUAUCCGUGGAAUAAGUUUAACGUGUUUAAUACAAUACAAUGUAAUAGUAGUAAUUUAUGUUCUUAACCCUGGAGGCUCCCUGGAGGCUCCCUGGAGGCUCACAGGGAUAUUGGUAUCCACAGUACUCCACCAAUUAUAUUUUCUUUCUUUCUUUUUCUUUUUUACAUAAAUGCACUGUGAUUCAAGUUCUAAAAUGGCAAAGUCUUUGCCUCAUGGCAAAAUAUGCAGAAUUCCAGGAUAAUAGUUUUAAAACUGCAACAUUUUCUCUCCGAUGCCAAGAGGCGGGCCUUUUAAAUGUUCUUUCUCCGGGCCCUCGACUUGUUUCGUUCAGCCUUGCACUGCAGACGGCAUAGUAAAACGCCUCACAAAAGGGGUCCCAGGCCCCAAACAGUUUGAGAACCCCUGACCAAGGGGAAACUUCACCUCCAGAGCUUUCUUUCAUAUCAUCUGAAUGUAUUUUUUUGGUCUGAUUGGGUCUCUCAGGUUCUCAAAUAACACGUGCCAUAUUUUAUUUACCAGGGUUGCGCUCAAUUCCAUUUCAAUUCAGAAAAUACACAAAUUCCAAUUCUAUUCAAUGCUUUUCAAUUAGGAAUUUGGUUUACUUUCUGAAUUGACUGAAAUUGAAAUGGAAUUUGCCCCAACCCUGGUUAUUACAGCAGGUUAUUACAGCAGGUUAUUACAACAGGUUAUUACAACAGUGUGGCAGAACAAUGUGUUAUGAUGAUCUGUUUUUAGCAAACAGGAAAUAUUCUGUGUGUAUUAACUUUACUUCAACUGUUUGAUUGGAUCAUUUUAUGUUUGGAUGUUAUAAGGUUUUGGGAUAGUGUGGGACAGGUAGAAUGCAACCUGGUAUGUGUUUCAUGUAUACUGAACAAAAAUAUAACGCAACAUGUGAAAUGUUGUCCCAUGCUUUAAUGAUCCCAGAAAUUAUCCAUAUGUUUGUUCAGAAAGCUUAUUAUUCUCAAAUUUUGUGCACAUAUUUUACAUCCCUAUUUAGUGAGCAUGUUUCCUUUGCCAAGAUGAUCCAUCCACCAGACAGGUGUGGCAUAUCAGGAAGCUGAUUAAACAGCAUGACCAUAACACAGGUGCACCUUGUGCUGGGGAUAAAAUGUGCAGUUUUGUCACACGAUUCCACAGAUGUCUCAAGUUUUGAGGAGAGUGCAAUUGGCAUGCUGACUGCAGCAAUGUCCACCAGAGCUGUUGCCAGAUAAUUUAAUGUUAAUUUCUCUACCAUAAGCCACCUCCAAUGUCGUUUUAAAGAAUUUAGCAGUAUGUCCAACCUGCCUCACAAACGCAUGUAACCACGCCAGCCAGCUUCUUCACCUGCGGGAUCGUCUGAGACCAGACAGCUGAUUAAACUUUUUUUAUAUACUUUUUACCCCCUUUUCUCCCCAAUUGGUAGUUACAGUCUUGUCCCAUUGCUGUAACUGCCAUACAGGCUUGAGAGAGGUGAAGGUUGAGAACCAUGCGUCCUCCGAAACAUGACCCUGCCCCACUGCUUCUUGACACACUGCUCGCUUAACCCGGGAGCCAGCCGCAACAAUGUGUCAGAGGAAACGCCGUACAACUGGCGACCGUGUCAGCGUGCAUGUGCCCGGUUCCGCCACAGGAGUCUCUAGAGCGCGAUGGGACAAGGACAUCCCGGCCGGCUAACCCCUCCCCUAACCCGGGCCAAUUGUGCACCGCUUCAUGGGUCUCCCGGUCGCGGCCGGCUGCGACACAGCCUGGGAUCGAACCCGGGUCUGUAGUGACGACUCAAGCGCCUUAGACCACUGCGCCACUCGGGAGGCCCGCUAAGGAGUAUUUCUGUCUGUAAUAAAACCCUUUUGUUGGCGGGGGAAACAACCAAUUCUGAGUGGGUGGGACUGGCUCUCAAGUGGGUGGGCCUAUGGCUUCCUAAGCCCACCCAUGGUAGCGCUCCUGCCCAAUAAUGUGAAAUCUGUAGACGAGGGUCUAACCAAUUUAUUUCAAUUGACACAUUUCCAUAUAUGAACUGUAAGUAAUUUUUGAAAUUGUUGCAAUUUGCGGUAAUAUUUUUGUUCAGUAUAGUUGCUGUGCAUGGAUGGGUUCUGUUUUGUAUGCAGAUUUGGGUAUUUAUGUAAUGUAUUAAGGGGUUUAAGACAUUGCACAUUGGGCUUGUUUUUAAUUAUUUUUCAAAUGUUUUAUACGUGCAUUCAGUCUGAUCUGACUGUAUGAAUGUUCCAUUUUAUUUCUAGAUGGAAACUAGACAUUUUUAAAAGAAAUCGAUGGGAUGACCACUAAUCUCUUUUCUUUAUAUCAAUAUGGUGUUACAAUAAACUGUAUACUUCUACAUCUUUACCAAGUUUUUAUUUACAACUGAAUUUUAGUACAUCUUAAUAAACUACGCUUCCAAAUGUCUCGGAA